AUGGGGUACGCGAGCGAUGCGCGCGAAGAACACGCGCACGCGCAGGCGACGACUUCGCCUUCGAUAAUGAAGACGAGCGUCCAUCGACUUUCGUUCGGCAUCGGCGGCAUAAGCGAGCUUCACGCGAAAGACAAGGAGACGGGUUUCUUCAAAACUACGGAUACGCGCGAUUCCACCCAAGAACUGCCGUACAGCGACGAAGUCGAAGACAAAGAGCGCACGCCUCCGUCGAAAAUGGGGAAAGCAGGCGUCGUGGUGAGGAAAUCGCCAAACACGGUGUUCUCUCCCCUCUCCGUGCGAAGCUCCGCGACGAGCGGCCCGCUCCCGGGCGAUCGCAGCUUGGACUCGAGCUUCGACCCGGCGUCGUACCACGACGCCGCGGACGAUCGCGAGCGCGAGCUCGACGCGAGCGUGGACGGCGGCGGGGUCGACGACAUGGACGUCGCGUCCAGCGUCCCGUCCUCCGCGGGGGACGACGUCCUGAUGUCCGUGGCGUCCUCGCACAGCUGGCUGCGACGACGCUCGCACGGCCCGGCGACGGACACCGCGACCGCGCUCGCGCCGCUUCCGCCGAGCGCGGACGAGGCGCUGCUGCACCGCCGCGCGUCCGAGCUCAGGCUCGCGUUGAGAGUCGCCGAGGACGCGCUCGAUAAGACGCGGACGCGCCUGGAGACCGCGGAGGAGGCGAGGCACGAGGCCGAGGCGGAGGCCGUGGCGCUGCGCGCGCGCGUGUGGACGCUCGAGGGUGCUGAAGCGCUGUCCGGCGCGCGGCUGCACGACGGAUCGCUCGACCUCCUUCGCGGCGAGCUCUUGAACGAAGCCACGGAGGAGCUCGAGGAGGCGGCGAAGGCGGCGAACGAAGCCGAGGAACGCGCCCUGAAAGCGGUCGCGUCGCUUCAACAGGCUGAGGAAGCUGCCGCCGCGGUCGCCGCGGCCGCGAACGGCGAGGUCGAGACGCUCUCCCUCGAGGCUGCUCAGGCGAGGUUCCGCGCGCAGGCGGAGGCGAGAGACGCCGCCGCGGCGAGAGACGCGAUGAAACGCGCGGAGGACAAGCAGCACGAGGCCGAGCUCGACGCCGCGAAGUGGCGAGAGAUUGGCGAUCGCGAGACGAUCCGAUCCUCCAACGCGGAAGAGGAAGCGCGGAGAUACAAAGUCGAAGCCGAAGAAGCGAGAGAGGCCGCGGCGGUCUCCCUCGCGAGGGAGACGGACGCGGUGCAGCACAACAACUGGCUGCAGCAACGCGUCAACGCGCUCGAGGAGGCGGAGGGCAACGACGCGGGCGCGCACUACGGCGAGGAGCUCAGACGCGUGCGCGAGAAGCUCACCGCGGACGCCGCGAAAGCCGCGGAUGACCUCGCGGCCGAGCGCAGCAGGCGCCGAGCCCUUGAGGCGGUCCUCGUCGAGGCUGGGAUCGCCGACGUCGCCGCCGCCGCCGCCGCGGCGGAGGCGGGGGCGACCUCCGCGGUCGCCGAGCUCGAGGCGCAGCUCGCGAAAGCUCGCGAGGAAAAGGACGCGAUGAAGCGCGCGCUCGACGCCGCGACCGCGGCCGUCAACGCGAGGUCUGUCAAGUCCAGCCAAGACUCGUGGGCGGACGCGUUGGGCCUCGAAGCGAACGACGGCGACGCCGCGAGCGAGGAGGACGAGCCGAAGAAGAAGGACACCGCGACCGAGACCGAGCCUCCGAUGACGGAGGAGGAAGAGAAAGACGCGAAGGAUGUCCUCCUCGAGACCGCGCAAAAGGAGCUCGCGGAGCUUCAAGAGGUGAACAAGCGCCUCGUCAUGGCGCGCGAGGCGCACGCCGAGCAAGUCGCCGCGUCCGCGGCCGCGUCGACCGCCGCUGUGGACGCCGCGCUUAAGCGCAACAACCAGGCGUGGGCGAUUAAGGUCGCGGAAGCCGAGCGCGCGAUCGCCAUCGCGGAGGAGAACGCGACCGCGGCGCUGGAUCGCCUCGCCGUCAUGGAAGCGGAGUGUGAAGCCGCGAACAAGAAGUUGGAAGGCGUUCACAGCCGCGAGAUCGCGGUCGAGAAACUCGAAGCCUCCGUCGCGAUAGCGGCGGAGGACGCGAAGAAGAAAGAAGAAGCGCUCGCCGCUCGCGAAGCCGAGGCCGUGGAAGCGGAGAAGGAGUGGGAAGAGAAGCUCACCGAGGCGAGACAAGCGGCCGCGGCGGCAGAAUCCAAGCUCGCGGACGCCGAGACGAAGCUCGCUCAAGCGGUGGAGGACGCCGCGGAGGCGAAGCGCGCCGCCGCGGAGUCGAUCGCUCAGGCGGAGGAAGAACGCGAGCGCGAAGUCGCCGAGGCGGAGAAGGAGUGGGAGGAGAAACUCACGGAAGCGAGGCAGGCGACCGCGGAGGCGGAAGCCAAGCUCGCGCGCGCAGAGCGUCUCGCCCAGGAGGCGAUGGAAGAAUCCGAUCACGCGUUGCUCCGCGCGGACGAGCUCGAGAAGGAAAGGGACGGCGCGCAGCAGGAGCUUGACCUCAUGCGCGAGCGCGAAGCCACCGCGGAACUCGCCGCGGAGGCUGAAGUCGCGUUCGCCGCGCUCGAGGCUGGCGAGGAGGCGAAGAUGGAAGCCGCGGAGGCGCUCGCGCAGGCGAGAGCCGAGGCGGCGACGGUGAGGGACGAACUCGACGCGCUUCGAGAGUCGAUUCGCAUCGAGCACCACCGCGAGACGCCUCCGCCUACGGUGCGGCGCGUGCCGCCGUCGCCAACGAUGACCCCGAGGGGCAGCGUCCUGGACGAGCCCACGAAGUCGUCCGAGUCCCCGGUGCGCCCGAGCGGCGUCACCGUCGUGCAGAUGAUGACGGACGACGAGUGCGAGAGCGAAGCCGCGGUCAUGGAACCGCUCUCUGAGGACGAGUCCCCGAUGGAGUACAAGACGAGGAUGCGGAACGACCGCGACACGGACGCGGACUCCGCGGGGACGAACACGCCGAACAGCGGCGCGUUCUUGACCAGACCGCGGUUCGCGUCGCACAACUCGUCCCCGGCGCUGCCGUCCACGCCUUUGCUCGCGAAGUUCGCCGCCGUCGCGUCCCCGGAUCCGACCGGUCCGGAGAUGCGCAGCAAGCGUGACAGCCCGCAGAGCGACGCGACGGACAUGGACGUCUCCGAGCCCGAGUCCGCGGCCGGCGGCGCGAGGAACGACGGACAGUGGGUGUGGCAUCCGCGCAAGUCGGAAGCGCAAUCGACCCCGACGAGGGCGUCGCGCAAAGCCAUAGAGGCUGCGGAGGCGGCGGCGAAGGCUGCGCGCGCGGCGGACGCGGCCGCGGAGGCGGCGGCGGAGACGGCGACGCGCAGUAAGGUUGCGCGUCGCCUCGACGUCGACAACAACGAAGCCCUCCGCUCGCUCACGUCCAGGCGCGCGCAAGGACGCCGCUCCACGCCGCUGCGGCGCGGCGGCGCGUCCUCCUCGGACGAGGACGAUCUGUGCAGAAUGUCCGAUUCGGACGACGAGAGCACGCCGCCUACCGCGCGGGGACGACACAGACGCGCGGCGACGCGCAGGCAUCGCGAACGCAGCGCGUCCCCGCCGAGGGAACCGAAGCGGAGCCACUCCCCGGAGCGCCGACACCGAAGCUCCACUGACGCGGCGUGGGGCGAGGACCGCGUCGCGAGGGAAUCGAACGACUCCGUCACGAACGUGAACCACGCCGCGUCCGAGGCGUUCGCCGCGGUCGCCGCGAGCGCGCACGCGGCCGCGGAGGCGGCGUCUCAGGCGCUUCGAGGGAACUCGAGGAACGCGUCUCGGGCGAACUCGCGCGGGUCCUCCGCGCACGCGACGCCGAAGCCGUCCCCUGCGAAGCUCGCGGCCGCGGCGUUCAACGCGGCGUCGCCGCUGACGCCGUCCGCGAACCGCCGUUCGACGUCGUACAUCGUGGAACGGUCGAUCCGGGAGGGCGAGGCGACACUUCAGGCGAUGCGCGCGUCCAGGGCGACGCUCGCGUCGAAGUCCCCGGCUUUGAAGCAGCGGCGGGUGUCCGUCGCGGACAAGACGACGGCGUCGAGGGCUGCCAAGGCGCACCCGCCGCUCACUCCGGAGACGAGCCGGAAGUCGCUGUCCACGAGCAGGAGCCACGCGUCAGAUCCCUUCGGCCGGCCGACGGGGACGUGGGGGAGGCCUAGCCCCAGCCCGGUGCGUCCGACGGCGAUAAGUAGCGGCGCGGUGAAAACGAGCCGCCAUAACCAUCGAUACGCUUGA